CAGAGUGAGCGUGAAGAAAGACGGCUUCUCGUGGACAACAGUGACAUCUUCUUGAAUCUUUCAUUCACCUUGUGGCACAGAGAUCCAUGGCUCCUACAAUCACUGCAGCGAGGACCAAUUCUCAGGAGCAUCUGACUCUGACCCACAAGAUCAGGAAGCCUCUGGUGGAGAAGUUACGCAGAGAGAGAAUCAACAGCAGCAUUGAGCAGCUCAAGUCUCUCCUGGAUCCAGAGUUCCUCAAACAGCAGCCAGACUCCAAGCUGGAGAAAGCAGACAUCCUGGAGAUGACCGUGUGUGUCCUGAGGCGACUGCAGCAGCAGAAUCAAGCUGUGGACUCUGCAGCUGUUGGUCAGGGCUACUCCAGAUGUGUCCAAGAGGUGAACCACUUCCUGUCCAGGGAGCAGGGGAAGACCCCGUCCAAGAGAAGACUGAUGCACCACUUCAACAAGCUGCAGUCUUCCUCCGAGAAGAACCGGAGAGAGGCGGACUUCUCUCCUCUGAGCUCCACAGUCCAGACCAGCAUCAGCAAAGAGAAGAGUGCAGUCAACAGCGCCCCCUGGAGGCCGUGGUAGACACCUACAGCCUGGAGCUACGAAGACCAACUGAGAUGACCUCACUGGUCAAAGAUUACUGGAGGGGAAUUCUUCUGAACUCUGAAAUGUGAUGAACUUGUUCUUCUGUUUCUACAGAAGGUUGUUUUUUGGGCAAAAGUUAUUGUCAGACACAUUAUUCUGAAAUGCAAAAGAGUCGUCUGUGCAAGUUGUUUUAAUUGACCUGAAGGUCAUAUUGAACGUAAACAUUUCCAUUUAUUUUUUGGGAAUAUUUUUUCAAAGAAAGGGAAAUCACAUUUUGGUGAAAAUAUUGAGGAGCAUAACAUUGUAUUCUGUGAAUACCAAAUAUCCUUGUAUUGAUUUAUGAAUAUAAUCAAAUGUUUAGCCAAUAUUGGCCAGAAUUAUCACAACUGCCUUAAAGUCCUAGAAAGUCUUCUUUAUCAAGAUUAAUUCAGUGACAAGAAAUGUAUUUACUUUACUAUGUAAAAUAUUAUUCACUCAUGUUGAGUCUUGAAUGUUUUUGUUCUGUUGUAUGCAAAUACAUAUUUUCUCUCAGUGUAAGAGAGUUCACUCUGUUUAGCUUGUCCUAAACGAUUCCCUGUGUGUUGUAACACACACUGACGCUGUUCAACUCUAUUGAGUACAAUGUAUUUUACUGUGAUGCAUCAUCACCACCAGUGCCUCUAUGAUGGGACUCAUUCAAUAUGUUUUGAA